GGGCUGAGCUAUUACGUCAUUGGGCCGCGCGGCGCGGUUGGAGCUGUGGUUGCCGGAAGUUGAGCGUCGUAAAAUCUCAGUGCCCUCAGCAGGUAAUCAGAAGGCGCUGGGAAAAUCAGUGGAGCCUGACUGAUCUUCAGGAGGAAGUCCGGAACAGCUGACCCCUUGAGAGUUUCUACCAGUAAGAACAGUGGCCAUGGGGGACCCUGGACUGUCCAAACUGCAGUUUGCUCCCUUUAAUAGUGCCCUGGAUGUUGGCUUCUGGCACGAACUGACCCAGAAGAAGUUGAACGAGUACCGCCUGGACGAGACUCCCAAGGACAUCAAGGGCUACUACUACAAUGGUGACUCUGCUGGUCUACCCACACGCUUGACGUUGGAGUUCAGUGCUUUUGACAUGAGUGCCCCCACACCUGCCCGCUGCUGCCCUGCUGUGGGGACCCUGCACAACACCAACACACUCGAGGCUUUUAAGACCGCAGACAAGAAGCUCCUUCUGGAACAGUCAGCAAACGAGAUCUGGGAAGCCAUAAAGUCAGGCUCUGCUCUCGAAAACCCCAUGCUCCUCAACAAGUUUCUGCUCUUGACCUUCGCAGACCUGAAGAAGUACCACUUCUACUAUUGGUUUUGCUGCCCUGCCCUCUGUCUUCCUGAGAGCAUCCCUCUAAUUCAGGGGCCUGUGGGCUUGGAUCAAAGGCUUUCACCAAAACAGAUCCAGGCCCUCGAGCGUGCCUACGAUGAUCUGUGUCAAGCUGAAAGAGUCACGGCCCUACCAUACUUCUUAAUCAAGUACGAUGACAACACCGUGCUGGUCUCCUUGCUCAAACACUACAGUGAUUUCUUCCAAGGUCAAAGGACAAAGAUAACAGUUGGUGUGUACGAUCCCUGUAACCUAGCCCAGUACCCUGGAUGGCCUUUGAGGAACUUUUUGGUCCUGGCAGCCCACAGAUGGAGCGGCAGUUUCCAGUCCGUUGAAGUCCUCUGCUUUCGAGACCGCACCAUGCAGGGGGUGAGAGAUGUGGCCCACAGCAUCAUCUUCGAGGUGAAACUUCCAGAAAUGGCGUUUAGCCCAGAUUGUCCUAAAGCAGUUGGCUGGGAGAAGAACCAGAAAGGAGGCAUGGGACCAAGGAUGGUGAACCUCAGCGGAUGCAUGGACCCCAAAAGGCUGGCUGAGUCAUCCGUGGAUCUGAAUCUCAAGCUGAUGUGUUGGCGAUUGGUCCCUACCUUGGACUUGGACAAGGUUGUGUCUGUCAAGUGCCUGCUGCUGGGAGCUGGCACCCUGGGGUGUAAUGUGGCUAGGACCCUGAUGGGCUGGGGCGUCAGACAUGUCACAUUUGUGGACAACGCCAAGAUCUCCUACUCCAACCCUGUGAGACAGCCUCUGUAUGAAUUUGAAGAUUGUCUUGCGGGUGGCAAGCCCAAGGCCCUGGCUGCAGCAGAGCGGCUCCAGAAAAUAUUUCCCGGAGUGAAUGCCAGCGGGUUCAACAUGAGCAUCCCGAUGCCAGGACAUCCUGUGAAUUUCUCUGACGUCACACUGGAGCAGGCACGCAGAGAUGUGGAGCAGCUAGAACAACUAAUUGAGAGCCAUGAUGUCAUCUUCCUGCUAAUGGACACCAGAGAGAGCCGGUGGCUUCCUGCUGUAAUUGCCGCCAGCAAGCGGAAGCUGGUCAUCAAUGCUGCCUUGGGGUUUGACACCUUUGUUGUCAUGAGACACGGCCUGAAGAAACCCAAGCAGCAGGGCGCUGGGGACCUGUGCCCAAGCCACCUUCUGGCACCUGCUGACCUGGGCUCCUCGCUUUUUGCUAACAUCCCUGGAUACAAGCUUGGCUGCUAUUUCUGCAAUGACGUGGUGGCUCCAGGAGAUUCAACCAGAGACCGGACGCUGGACCAGCAGUGCACAGUGAGCCGCCCAGGCCUGGCCGUGAUUGCGGGUGCCCUGGCUGUGGAGCUGAUGGUGUCUGUCCUGCAGCAUCCUGAGGGGGGCUACGCCAUCGCCAGCAGCAGUGACGACCGCAUGAAUGAACCUCCCACCUCUCUGGGACUUGUGCCUCACCAGAUCCGGGGAUUUCUGUCACGGUUUGAUAAUGUUCUUCCUGUCAGCCUGGCAUUUGACAAAUGUACAGCCUGUUCACCAAAAGUUCUUGAUCAAUACGAGCGGGAAGGAUUUGCCUUCCUAGCCAAGGUGUUUAACUCCUCACAUUCCUUCUUAGAAGACUUGACUGGUCUUACGCUGCUCCAUCAAGAGACCCAAGCUGCUGAGGAGAGAACUCCGUGUGUGAUUUACACCCAUCCGUCCACAUGGCCCUGGCAGUUGAGACCAGAUGUGUGUGGUGUUUACAUCGAGGAAACCAGAGGACGUAAACAACCGGCUCCAAACGACACUCCGGUUUUGCCGUACUUUUCUUCAUUUCCUGUGUACUUAUUUUGGUGUUAGAAUAAUAUUACCUUUCAUAAUAAGGAAAACGGGAGCAGAUGUUUAAACUAAACAGAUAGCCCAUGAUCCCACACAUCCACUCGGCUCUCAAAAUCAAAGUUCGUUCUCCCAAACAGUGAAGGAAACAAGACAACAACCGCUGGCACACGUACUUUCCACAGGACCGCACGCCCACCUGGGGGAGCUACUCAACUUCUCCCCAGACACAAGGAACAAACCUGGUUCCAAUGACCUGGCAGCUUCAGUGCUCUUCACUGUUUUGUUUCUUUAAAUAUCAGAUUACUUGUUGACAAAGAGAUCACAUUAAAAAGUUUUCAUCUUUUGUUGGGGUUGGGGUGCGGAUUUUUUUUAAAGACAAUACAUGAAUCCCACCAGAAACCGCUUCUGAAAAUCCAGCCUUUGAGAUGAGGGAGUUUAGUUUCCUUACAUGUAGAGGAAACUCGUCAAAGUAAAGAGGUAUCUUAUUUUAAAACAAAAUAAAACAACAGCAACAACGAAAACAAAAAAAAAACUUUAAAUGAGAUUCUUAUCCAUAGAGUUAAUUUUAAAACAAGCUUGAAAGAGAAAGGGUGUGUUUUCAACUGCUUUAAGAGAUCUGAAACUUUUACACAAAAACAACUGACUCUGCCCCCUGCUUCAAAGUCUGUCCAAGAAAAAGCAAACAACCACUCAGUUUACCUUGGGAGAGAACACAGAGCCUGAGCCCCCAGGGUGAAGAUGUCCUGAUUCCUACAUGCUUUCACCAGGAAAGACUCCCUGGCGGCCCUAGCUCUCUCCCUGCCCUGCCAGUCCUGAAGCUCAACCAAGCCAUUACCCUGGACUCAAAUGGCACGUAGGUAAAAUUUCAAAAGAUGGAACUGAGGUUUUCUCUUCUUCCCCACUCCAGGGGAUAUCCAGGGGAAGGGGAGGUAAUGAGCAAGAAGAACUAAGGGAUGGGGGCAUUUUCCACUUUCUUUAGCCUUUUGGCAACAGGGUUGUGUAAUCGCCUGGGGCUGGGGUUGGAGGGAGCCUGUCUCACUGUCACAGGAAAUGGGGCGGCAGACAAAGAGCCGGCCUGGGCUCCCUGACACCAGGCCUUGCCAGCCCCACAAACUCCACAGGGGGAAAAAAUCCUCAAUGUCUGAGACAAUGGCCCCGGAAAACAAAAACUCAUUGUGGCUUUUUGUUGUUGUCCCUCCACCACACAAAAUCCAGAGCAAGAGUACACACAAAAUACUGUACACGGUGACAUGUUUAAAAAUGUCUCAGAGCCCCUCCCCUCUGCCCUAACACCCACAUGUUUAACUUCUCCUUGUUCCUGUAAGUUCCUCCCCUACAUAAAAAUGGCAACAAAAUCAAUAAAAGAAAAGAAUUUAAAGUGUAA